GGGUGCCUUGCGCGGCUGCCGAUCUCCCACUCACGUCCCAGGUCUCCCUGCGCGGCGGUUUCACUUCCGGCGGGCUAAGUGCGCGCGGCGAGCGUCGGGCGUACUUUUGCGUGGUUGCUCCACCCCCUCAGCCUUGCCUUCACCGCUGUUGGGGCUGGAAGUUCCCGCCAGGUCAGUGCCGGGCGAGAGAGAUGCUGCCCGGCCCGCCUCGACUUUGAGGCGAGAGAAGUGUCCCAGACCGCUUUCGCCUUGCUGACCGCGUCGAGCCCCGGCCAGACAUGUCCACAGGGUUCUCCUUCGGGUCCGGGACUCUGGGCUCCACCACCGUGGCCGCCGGCGGGACCGGCGCAGGCGGCGGUUUCUCCUUCGGAACGGGAGCGUCUAGCAACCCUUCUGUGGGGCUCAAUUUUGGAAAUCUUGGAAGUACUUCAACUCCAGCAACUACAUCUGCUCCUUCAAGUGGUUUUGGAACCGGGCUCUUUGGAUCUAAACCUGCCACUGGGUUCACUCUAGGAGGAACAAAUACAGGAAUAGCAACAACUAUAACUACAGGAUUAACUCUGGGAACGCCAGCCACUACAUCUGCAGCUACAACAGGCUUCAGUUUAGGAUUCAAUAAACCUGCAGCAUCUGCCACACCAUUUGCUCUACCUAUUACCUCUACCUCAGCUAGCGGUCUGACUCUUUCGUCUGCUCUGACAUCAACUCCAGCAGCAUCCACAGGAUUUACUCUAAAUAAUUUGGGUGGGACAACAGCCACAACUACAACUGCAUCAACAGGCCUCUCUUUAGGGGGAGCCUUAGCUGGUUUGGGAGGUUCACUUUUCCAGAGUACAAACACAGGAACAUCAGGACUUGGACAGAAUGCUUUAGGGUUGACUUUGGGAACUACAGCAGCUACUUCAACUGCAGGCAAUGAAGGCCUUGGUGGUAUAGAUUUCAGUAGCUCCUCAGAUAAAAAGAGUGAUAAAACGGGAACAAGACCAGAGGAUAGUAAAGCUCUGAAGGAUGAAAAUCUACCUCCUGUCAUCUGCCAGGAUGUUGAAAAUCUCCAGAAAUUUGUGAAGGAGCAGAAACAAGUUCAAGAAGAAAUCAGUAGAAUGUCUUCAAAAGCAAUGCUUAAGGUACAAGAAGAUAUUAAAGCUCUGAAGCAGCUCCUGUCAUUGGCUGCCAAUGGAAUACAGAGAAACACUCUCAACAUUGACAAAUUGAAAAUAGAAACUGCUCAGGAGUUAAAGAAUGCUGAAAUAGCUUUAAGAACCCAGAAGACACCACCUGGACUUCAACAUGAAUAUGCAGCUCCUGCUGACUACUUCAGAAUCUUGGUUCAGCAAUUUGAGGUACAGCUUCAGCAGUACAGGCAGCAGAUUGAAGAACUAGAAAACCAUCUUGCCACUCAAGCAAAUAAUUCACAUAUAACCCCUCAAGAUUUGUCAAUGGCUAUGCAGAAAAUUUAUCAAACAUUUGUAGCUUUAGCGGCACAACUUCAGUCUAUUCAUGAAAAUGUAAAGGUUCUGAAAGAACAGUACCUUGGCUACAGGAAAAUGUUCUUGGGAGAUGCUGUUGAUGUGUUUGAAACAAGGCGAGCAGAAGCCAAGAAGUGGCAGAACACACCCAGAGUUACUACUGGACCCACCCCUUUCAGCACCAUGCCAAACGCAGCAGCCGUUGCCAUGGCUGCAACACUUACACAGCAGCAACAGCCUGCUACAGUGAUUACAAAGUACCCACAUUCAGGAUGAAGUAUGCUUUUAUUGACUGAAGGUAUGUUGAAGAUCAGUAGGCUCGUUUGUAUGUAUGUUGACUGUAAACAGAAUACAAGCCCUCUAAACCAAAUUUUGAAGAAGAUACAUGCUAGAAUUAUACCUCUUCAAGGUGAACAGAACAGCAAGAGCAGGAAAAAGAUGUUUUGAGAUGUGGAUUGCACAUUAAGGAGCAACUGGGAAGUUGAACAGAUGAAAAUAAUUGAUGACAUGGAAAGCAUAUUAUUUUAUUCCUUGGUUUAGUUACACUUCUAAUUAGAGAAACAUUUUCUGUGGUCAUUCUACAGUGUUUUAUUUGGUCCUGUGUCUUUCGGAGGUUAAUAAUUAUCUUAAUCCUGCAUCCUUUUUGUCCUGUUUAAAGCUUGACAUGGAAAAAUAGUCUUAACUGAUACUGAUUUUUUUAUUUUAAUCAUUCAUAAAUUUCUUAGUAAUGCUUAUUAUUCGAUAGCAUGUGUCUUUCUGAGAGUUCCAUAUAGUCCAGUAGUACAUUAUAAUGCAAAAAAAAAUUAAUACAUAUUUAGAUUGCAUUCAAGCUACCUAUACUAGGGAAGCAUUCUCUGGUUUUCACUAUUGGCAGUUUAAAAAAUUGUUCUUCACAUUUGGAGAUGACAGAAUUGACUUGCCAUAAGUAAAGGGUUGAUAAUAGAUUUAUGCCAAAUCCUCCAUAUCCCGUGGCUGGACCCGUGUGAAUAGUGGCUUGCAUGAGCACUGUCUGGUAGCUCUCUAGCUGGCUGGAGUGUAGGAUUGCAUUUUCAAGUUAUGGAGGGAAAAAGUCAUUAUGGGAUUGAUUCCUUUGAGGAUUGAUAUUUCUUCUUAAAAGGAAUCAAUCGCAUAAUUAUGACCAUCAGCUCUCAUGAUUACUUAACCAGUUAAUCAAACCAACCAUAGUACUAGUUUACUUUUUAGAGCCAGUAUUAAUCCUAAAGUAGAUAAGUGUAGAUUUGGUUAAGUGUUCUUUAAACAUAGUGAAUUUCCAUUCUAUUAAAUAAAACUUGAGAAAUAUCAGUUAUAUAAAAAGUUAUGUUGUAAGUGAAUAUAUUCUAUGAUAAAUACCUAAACUUGAAGCAAAACCUCCUGUCAAGGGUUUGUGUGUGUGUGUGUGUGUGUGUGUAACUUUCUUAUCUAUAGACUAUUAUUUUGAGAAAUUCAUAGGUUUUCACUCAUACAUUUUGAGCUCGUGGACUUACGGAGAUGUGUGUUCAUUCUCUAAAUGAGUGCCUACUAUGUGCUGGGCUCGAGGAAUACAAAGGUAGACAAUAUAAAUUUGGUCUUUGCCCUCUGUGGUGGUUGAGAAUAUUAGCUUAAUCUGGAGUAUUCUUGAGGAGCCUUUUGCUCAUAGACUUUAAUUUUGUCUGUGACUUUUGCCAGACUUUGGGGAAAUUGACUGCCUUCACUCUUCCCUGAAACUUUGAAGUCCACAUAAGGGCUUUCUAAUCAGAUGGCAGAAAUUAUAAUUUAUUAACCUAAACAACCUUACAGUGUUUUCACUUUGAAUUGUAUGAAUUCUUAGAACUGAGAAGCUAAACAACAGUGAUAACAAUUUUACAUUAUCUUUUCUUUCUCCUUUUGUUUCUCUAAAGGUCUCCCAGGCCUUCCCAGUCAAGAUUUUCGUUAUUUUAGUCAUGUCACCAUGAUGUGAGAUUUAUGAGCUCUGUUAGAUACAUUUAGAAAUGUCCCUAUUUAUUGAAUGGUGUUUUGUACCCCGUAAAUUAUCCCUUAUGCCCUGUGACUUCUGUGAAAUCUUUGUUUUUAAGUGCCAGUAACAAAUUUUAGACCAUCUAGAUGAAGGUAGAGAGAGCUUAUGCAUUGUUUUUAUACAUCACUGUUGAUCUAUACAAGAUUUGAGUUAUCAGAAGGGUUUUGCUUUUAUUUGCAUAUAAAAUUUUUAUUAACAUGAAUAUGGGCACAGAGCAAAUAGUUUCUUAGACUGCUGCCUUCUGAAGGUGGCUUCUGUAUCUUUCUCAGAGGAGGAGGAAUAGACUUAAACGACUUCUUUGUCCUUCUUCAAUUUUUUUUAAUGAAAAAAUAUACUAGGGUUUAGGCAUGUGUGAUUUACAGUUAUUUGUUCUGAAGGCUGCAGAGAAUUGAAAAUCCAGCAGGCUAUUUGUGUAUGAAAUCAUGAGCAUCAAUACGUGGAUAACGUAGUUUCAUGUUGGCAGAACUUGACACUUGUCUAUAAGUGCUUCCCAAGCCUCCUGAAAAACUGAAGACAUUUACAUUAGGCUUUUCAGUAUAAUUUUAAUUUAGGAUAGGUUUUUUAGCAAUGUACCUGGGAUUGAGUUUUGCUAUUGUGUUUUGACACUUUUAAGAGUUCUUGAUGUUUACAUAAUAAGACUUUCUUAUGUGACUUAGCUGCUGUUUUAAGGAGAGCCAAGACGUUUUGUUAGGAAUUCCUACUUUUUAGCUUAGUGUAGGUUUGGACAUUUAAGGUGUAGUGUUAAAUAGGAAACAUUAAGUAUUUCAUCUUAGUUUCUUGUGGUUUUGUGAUUUUGUUGUAUUUAAUAACCAAAGGAACAUUCCCCAUUAAAUCAGUAAGAGUAAAAUUUUUCAAACUGGGGAAAACGCAUUUUAGGUUUUUUAAAGAAAAAUUAUUUUAAAAUGUGACUUAGAAAUAACCAUACUAAUUACAUUAGGCAUUUGGGGUGAUCAUGGAAAAUUAUAAAAUAUUUUUAGCACUUUAGUCCUUUUUCUGUUAAUGCAGUUUUACUUUUAAGAAAGUAGAAUUUAUUCUGGAAAAUAUAAAUUACAGUGCUAAACCUGGUUUUGUUGUGUGUGAAUAUAUUCUAUGGUAACUUUUGUAAAAUGUUACUCUACAUGAAGAUUUCACUUUGGUCAGUCAUUGGUAUAUAUCACUACAAACUUAAUUUUAUUUAUGGAAAUAAGAACCUCUCAUUGAAUGACUAUUCAAAUUUCAAAGCAGACUUCUUGAAUUGUUUACGUAACUUUUGCCUGAAGGAUUUAGACUGCUUUCUAAUAGUGAAACUAAUAUAUAUGGUGGCCAGAGUGUAAUAUAUGCUAAUACUUUGGCAUGGGAGAUAUUUAUCAUGAGUUUUUACUAUUAAAAAAUGUUAUACAUUUGCCUACGAGUUUUAUAAAUGAUGUUGCCUUCAGAAUUUGUGUGAAGGUUCAAAACUAAAAAUAUGUAUCUGAUGUGCAAUGGAAAGUCUUGUCAUCAUUAGAUAUGAGUUCUUGAUUAUAUUCUUGAAUAUUGAUGAUUAGAAAAACCUUAUGUUCUGUUGCUCUUAACAACAGACCCACACACAACAAAAAGCAUGCUAUUUGAGUAACUCUUAUGACUUACAAGGCUGAGGGCUGUGGUGUGCAUUAUUCUUUAGGGUCUUCCACCAGCAGUGCCUCCUAUUAACCUGUGACACACAAGUCUCUCGAUGUUAAAGAAACUGGACAUGUGUUUUUUAUGUUUUUUGUUAGGAAUCAGAAAGUAUAAUAAUAUGCUUGGUUUCUUUUUCCUAUAGUAACAUUUUACAAAAGAGCUGCUAGGCAGGUAUUUUAUUCUCAAAUUGAUCUCAAACUGGAUGUAAAAUUUUAAAUUAUUUUUUUAAUAGUAGUAUAAGAAUUCUGGCUGCUAUUAGUUAUUGUUUAUUUUCUGGGUAGAAGCUAUUUGAAAAGUCCAGUUUCUGUCCCAGUGUAGCGAAAUGUAGUUCCUCGGUUGUUUUUCUUUAAAUGCUUUAUAAUUUUACACUACCUUUUCAAUAUACAAACCUCAUUCUUCAUUGGAUAACUUGAAGGCUUUGAUUUCUUUAAAAAUUUAAAUUUUAGUGUGUAUAUUACUUUGACAGUUCCCUCAUCUUUGAGAUGCACUGAUCACUGUGCUUGAAAAAGACAAUACUGAAGAUUGUACUAUGAAGUUUAUUGAAUAAUUUUCAUAAAUUAUUUAUCCAAAUGAGAGAUUUUUAGAUUUUUGUAUUCUGCUUAGUUUAAAAAAAAAAAAAAAGUAGUUUAAAAGAGAGGCUAGUAAGUUUGAUGCUAUUCUUGCCAAACAAACUCAGCCAAAAUCUUUAAAGUAACAAGUGGGAAAAGGAUGACUAAUCGUUCUGCUUCUGAGUACAUUUUCCAAAACGUUGGAAAGAAACUUCUGAAUUGAAAUCUUGAAUGUAUUGAAUCUGUCAAGGUACACAGCGGUGCCUUUGUAAAUGUUCAUUACUUUAUUUAAUCAGGUGAUAAGUGGUGUAAUGUAGCAGAGCUUAAGAAUAGAACUCAAUUAUCACUUUUUGUGAACAAGUUGGAAUUGUCAUGUUACUGUGUAAUUGAUUUGCUUUACAAUGAACAAUAAAUUUAAUAAAAUAAAA